CAGCGAUGCUGCAUGACAAUCUCAAAGGGUCGAGUUCUCGCACCACGGCGCCUGUGAUGUAUGGCUCCAUUGUAGUCUGGCCAACGCACUAACUGCGCCGAUGGGCGGCGUUGUCCGAUCAGGGCACUUAAAGUUUUCGCCCUUGUGGUGUUUCGGCAGUUCGUGGUGCCUGUUGCAAGCGUCCCAGGGGUCUUCUCCUCGCGCAUGACCCCCCACCACUUCUUUUUGGUUGUGCUUUGGUAAUGGGGCGCGGUCAGCUUCCUGUCUGUCCUCAAGUCAGCGUGGGCAGGGAGUAGGAACUGGACUUCCUCCUCUCGUGGCCUCCUCCUGUUGCUAAAACCCGCGCCAGUCUCACAAGAGCUUUAGCGCCAAGGGAUGUCUGGCCUCGGUUCGGUGGCGAGACGACCACUGGGCUACUGAAGUUUUUUUGUCUUUUUUUUAAAAGGUAAAUACGUUAAUAUUGUCGAUAAAGGAGUUCCAUGAAGUCUGAGAAAAAGAUCGUCGAGUUAAUUUCCUACAAGACUGUCAAAAUGAACCAAACCUUUUGAUUUCAUCUGCGACGGAGGGAACCUAUGUUGGCACAGAAAGAGUGACCUCAGAGUGACAGGGUCGACAGUUGGAGCCGAGGUUGGCACCCACCUCAGCACAACGGAUCGUUCGUUCUUGAAUUGCUACGCGUGAUCUGUUCUGGGCAGUCUUGAGUUCUUGUCUUUUGUGGACAACUGACGACAGCAUUGUACAAACCACUCUUUUAGAGUCUAACUUGUGGAGUGACACUAGUGCUUUUUGACUCAGUGUUCCUCUCAUCCCCCGUUUACGACCGAAACGAACACAGAAGGACAUGGUGCCACCGUUAUUUCUGGCUUUUUCUGUGAUAGUCUUGGGCAUAGCAGAUGCUCAGGUCUCUGAAGAUCCAUGCCAGACGCACACAGUGUUAGAUAAUGAAUGGAGACGUCCUGAGUCACAAGCAAACCUGGACCAAUGUGACUCGAGUCUGGUAGCUGCAUGGUAUGCCUUCAAAAUUAACAAGGAGCCCGCAAUAAUUCCUACACAAUGUAUUCAGGAACGAUCAUGUGGAACAACUAUCCCGAUGCAUGUUGAGUUUGACAAUAACAUUCCUGCAGUGGGACAGACGGUGUCAGCUUCGCUUUGUGGGACUUACAAUAUUCUUGGCAGUAUUGACUGCUGUGUGUUACGACAGCCUAUCAGCAUUAAACGCUGUUCUGAUGAUGUCUAUGUCUACAACCUAACUCAGCUGGACCGAUGCCCUGUAGCUAUUUGUGCUCAAAAACUGUCUGACACUGUUCGAGAUGAUCUUAUUGCCAAAAGAGGUGACACUGCCAGAUCUGUAAAUUCAACUACCACUCAGUCAACCCAUGCAGAGCUUAGUUAUCCUGAAAUAUGUCCAGAAGGGUUAGAGAGGUGUGUUGAUGGCAGAUGUGGAAAUUGUCCUUCUGAUACAGCUACCAGUGAAUUACCUGUCACUCAGGAAACCUCCCAAUAUCAGGAAAUUGUACGCACCUUUGCACCUGUAAUUCCGGAUGCCUCAUCCAGUGCAUCAGCUUCUGUGCCUUCUCCAACCAAUCCACAAACAUUUUCUAGCAGUGAUCAAUCCUUUAUAACUAUCUCAUCAUCCGACAGUGAAAACCAGACCUCCAAAAGUACAGGAAUAGCAACAGCACCAAACAGUCCUUUUUCAGAAAACACAUCAGCACAUGUGCCAUUUUCUUCAAGUGAAGCUAGCCAUGUUAUGCAGCAAAAUGAAACAAAUGCAUUUAGCACAAUUUUUUCUGAUCCUGGAAAAUCCUUACCGGAGGUGCCAUCAAGCUCAGCUACUACAACACAAGCCAGUUUAUUUGAAUACAACAUGACUGAAAAUGUGACAGUAGCCACUAGCCCUUCCUUGAGUACAACAGCCCUAGAUUCCAUGUCAGGUUCAUCUCAGCAGUCAGAUACAGGACUAGGGAGAACGGAUGGCAUGGUAUCACUCCAUUCCAGAAGCUCUGAUGGUCUUCAAUCUGGGACUAUUCUGAUGAGCACAACCCAGACAAUGUCUUCCACAGACUCCAGUGUCAUUCAGACUUCUUCAGCUGGGCUUCCGAUAGGCUCACCUGAUUUUUCAACUGGUGUUCGUUUUGUCAUCAAAGGACAAAUGGACGAACAAGUAUUUCUGCGAUACCUGGAGAUAUCCAUGAAAGUUUUUCUUGCAAGCCGAGAGUGGCAUGCUUUGAACACAUCCACUGAUAGUCUUGGGUCAAUGGAAGGUUUUACAAGCAGUUUGCAGUCUUUGGAACUAGUUUAUGGGCUGUUUCAAAACUUGUCUAUCAUCAAUGGAACCCUGGACAGAAACAUCAGUGUAUACCAGUGGGUUCAGAAGCUGGACAACAACAUAACUCUAUUUGACCUCAUUGCAAAAGAUCAUCUUGUCAAUGAAACUGUUUCAUCAGGAUUGAUUCUUGCAGUGCUGAAAAGAACAAACUUCACAAGUUUUGUAAACUCUCAGCACACUCAAAUGGAGGUGGUGGCUUUGUGUCUGGUAGCAGACCAUUGUGAGCGUGAUUUCUUGUAUGAAAAUAGAGACAAGGACAUCCCCUUCUUUCAACAGCAUCAGGAUAUUUUCAUUGUCAUCAUAGUUAUAGCAGCCGCCUGUCUUGUGGUGCUGUUGCUGGGGUUUCUCUGGAUCCAUUGCAGUAAGCGUGGGACUUGGGUUUUAGUUCAGGAGAAGGAAGUGCAAAAUCAUCAGAUGGAGAUUGAAAGCCCAAUGACAGACCAUCAGAUUAUGGAUGGGGAGAGGCAGACAGUGACUUCAUUCACUGUCAAUGGUUAUCACAGUGACAACCCUGAUAAUGAUGGUUUGGAGCAAGUGGACCUUGACCAGGACAAUACUUGGGUAGUACCCAUUGACCAAAGUAUUACUGCCCAGGAGGUUCAGGACAUAGCUGGCAAGACAGAGGAUACCCACUUCUAGAAUACCAUCACUUUUUUUUUUAAUGAAUUGGGUAUUUUCAUGUUAAGCGUUUGAGAAAAUGUUUUAUUAUUGUCAUCAUCACUUUCUCCAUUGAAAGAUAAUUAUCAUGCUUUUCAGACUUAAUAAUACUAAUAAAUGCAUGAUUUAUAUAGCACACACUCCUGUUAGUAAGGAGUGUGCUGUUAGCACUUGAGACAAGAGCGCGGCAUGGACAACAUAUAAGGACAAAAGGAUAAACAACAGUACUGAUGACUAAAAAUAGACAAAUAUAGAAAAUGCAAAGAGAGAUUGGUAACAAGAGCUGAGAGUAUUGUGAUUCUGCAGAGAAAGACGAGUAGGGAAGACUUCACAGGCUUAUCUCUAAUGUGUAUGAUGAUGACCAAAACCUGUGACAUUUUUUUUGUAUUGCAUCAGAUUUCCAUCUGUACAGUUUGGAUCUGUGCAAGUUUUGGAGUUACAAACCUCUUUGCCUGAAAUAUACCUUGUAGUGCAUAAAAACUUAAUUUUUCAUAGCUUGUACAAUUUCAUGAUCUAUGAAGAGCGGGUAAAAAUUGACAAGCAUAGAGUUUCAUAUGGCAGUGAGUUGAGUGCACCUUGUAAACCUGGGGAGGCAAUGAAAUUUAGUGGUGAUGGAAACUGCUGAAAUCAUUGCAGAGUCAGAAAUAUCUUUGCAGUUUUUAAGCUGCACCACAGCAGGAGGCUCAGGAUAUUUGUUUUUUUUUCCAUGUCAUUCACACCAUCAUCAUCAUCAACCCUAACCCUAACCAGGUGUUCCCCCACAAUUAAUCAUUUUUAGCAAUUCUUCUGGACAGUGGUAACAAAAGUCACAUAGAUCUAAAAGGAUAAAGGGAGGUUGGGAAAAAGCUUUACCUGCUUGUUAACUGUCGUCCUGUUUACCAGUUUAAAGGAUGCAACUCAAUUCAUAAAUGUUCAGGAAGUGAUAACAUUUUGGCCUAUUUGCACACAUUACAUUUACGCAAAAAAAAAAAAAACCCUGAAAAAACAACAAAAGACAAAAACUUACUGCAAGCUGUGAGUAGGCUGCAGGUUGCAUACAACAUAUUUAUGUGAUGAUGCCAGUGUUUUAAAAUAGAACAUAGGGGUAAUUGAAAUUUUCAGGCUGGAAAGGAAAUUCUCUAUAACCAUUAUCACACUGGAAGCAAAAAGUACGUUAACAUAUGUACCAUGAUAAACUCAACGAUGUAGCCUACAUUUUUCAUAGAUGUAAUAUAUAUUAUGAAAUAGAAUGUAUAACUCAAUAAAAAUAAAUCAUAAUUGAUAUCUUAAUGUUUUAAUGGAUAACCAAUAUUUUGAUGCCAGAAAAAAAGGUAUUUCGGUUCAGCUCUUCUUUCAAGUUUCUUCAGAUUUCAAAGGCUUUUUGCACUAUCGUCAUUAGGUCUCCUCACCUAAAGCUGUCUCUUGAGAUUAAUUUUUGAUCCCGUAUGUGUACAUAUGAUGUACCUGUUUGGAUGACUGAAUUAUCUAGUGAAAUCAUGUCUGCUAAGGUUGAGCAUGUAUGUACGUAAGUGGUUAAUGAAUGUUUCAUGAUUGUUGCAAAUGGCUUAUAUUCAUGUGAUUUACUCAUGGUGUACUAAAUUUACAAUAUGGUUUCUGAUGCUUUUUACUUUGUAUGGCUGAGGCAAGCAACAUUUCUUUUGUAGAAUUGUUGUCACUUCUGGUGCAAACACCUGCACGUAUAAAAUGGACAAGUUAUCAAACAUUUACCAAAUAAUGUCCCUUAUGUUUUUUGCAUAUACUGAAAUCAGUUACCUGAAAAUUAUUUUUCAUAGAUGAGCGAAAUAAAAUCCUUGCACCUCACUCUUUGAUGCACAUGGUCAUCAUGACACCAGUAACAUUGUAAUCCGUCCAGAAGCUUUAUACUUGUACUUUGUUCCCCUGACUUAAAAGUUGCCACCAAAUGGACCCGAUUCCAUUUAUGUUGAGACAAGUACAGAUGAGAGAGAUGAAAUAAGACAUUUUCAGCAGUUUAAUUCUGACCUCACACCACACUUAGUUUUCUAGGUAAUACUUGCACUAAUGAGCAGACACUUAAUGAGCUAUAAUGCAAAGUCAAAUACAGAAUAUUAAAACAUCUGUUUAUUUUGCAGAGGUUUUCUCAUGCGAGGGAAAGAGGGUUGUAAACUAUUUAAUUUCAUCUGUUAUUACUAUUAUAUCAUGAAACCCUGUUCAUCUACUUAUUGCUUACAUACCUUUUGUCUGAAUAAGCCGGCUUAUUUACAUCAUUUAGCCAAUAUUGUCAGAUGUUUCUCUACUUUCUAAAUGAAUCCUUUAUUAUAUGUUCUGUUUGCUUGCAA